CUAAUCUUGAUCCUUACCUGAUCUACAUUCUAACAAGCACGAUGCAGCCAGCCAUACUCUUCCUCUUCCUCAGCACAGCUCUGGCGCUGCCUUCCUUGCAACUAAGAGUGGCAAACUCCACUUCGAACAGGAACAACACCUGUGACCCCCAAAAAACAGCCCUCCUCACCGACGGUAUCCAGCGCAACAUCGACCUCCAGAUGAAAGAGAUACAAUCCCUAAAAACACUCGAAAACCUCGCCAAAUCCGCCAACACUACACUCCGCGCAGCAAACUCCACCUCAGGGAACGACCCCAUCUACAAAGUCCAACAAUCUGAAGUCGCAAAGCUGCAGCAAGAAGGCAUCACCAUACGCACUGAGAACCAGAAAAUCGCACGUGAGUUGAAGAGUCCGAGUGCGCUGCAGAAGGGGCUGGCAAGCGUGGCGAUUGAGCAAAACAGUGCGAGGGUGAUGUUGAGGGGUUUGGUGGCGGGGAGGAACGAUACUGCGAUGAUAGGGGCGCUGGUGAAGGGAGUCGAGGAAGGAUUGAAGAUUAAUGGGGAGAAUUUGGGGGUUGCAAAGGGUGGGAAGGGGUGUGGGAAGUAG